CAGAUUCUUGAGCCAGCUAUCACUUGAUGUCGAGAUGGGUUCUAAGUCUCCAGAGCAUGAGAAUCAGCCAAAUGGUGGUCCGUCCGACACUGGCAACGCCAUUGCCGCCGGCGGCGAACCUCGAGGCACACACCUAUCCCGGGAUGGCGAUGUUACACUGGGCGACGAUGGCGGAGAUGAUGAUGACGGCGGGGAUAAGGCCGGCCCUGCUACCUCGCUGACAUCCCAGGCUAUACCAUCAACUCCUAAGAAGAAAAAACGCAGUAAGAAAUCCAAGAAGAGAGCUUCAUCCGUGAAGCAGUCAUCCCCACCACGGGUUCCUUUGAAAAAUCUUUUCCCUAGUGGCCAGUACCCAAGCGGCGAGAUUCAGAGUUAUAGUCCCGUGGUCGAGAAUACAGCACGCACGACAGCUGAGGAGGACCGCUAUUUGGCCCGCACGCACCUUCACGAUGACAGCUUUCUCAACAACUAUCGCAAAGCAGCAGAGGUCCAUCGCCAGGUCCGGGGCUGGGUGCAGGACAGUGUUCGGCCCGGACAGGCUCUCAUGGACAUAGCUGUGGGCAUUGAGGAUGGCGUUAGAGCGCUGCUCGAUAAUGCCGGCCUCGAAGCUGGACAAGGUCUUGAGUCGGGGAUGGGAUUUCCCACCGGACUGGCGCUGAAUAAUUGCGUUGCACAUUACACGCCCAAUCCCGGCCAAAAGGACAUCUUCCUACAGGAGAAUGACGUAAUGAAGGUCGAUUUUGGUGUUCAUAUCAACGGUUGGAUUGUUGAUAGUGCGUUCACCAUGUCAUUCGACCUAAAAUAUGACAAUCUGCUUGCUGCAGUGAAGGACGCUACAAACACUGGUAUCAAGAAUGCUGGUGUUGAUGUCCGGAUCAGCGAUGUCAGUGCUGCCAUCCAGGAAGCGAUGGAAAGCUACGAGGUUCAAAUUGGCAGCAAAAUCUUCCCUGUGAAACCGGUGCAGAACAUCUCUGGGCACAACAUCAAGCGGUAUCAGAUCCAUGGUGGGAAGUCAAUCCCUUUCGUCAAGAAUCGCGAUCAAACCAAGAUGGAGGAGGGAGAGGUAUAUGCUCUUGAAACAUUUGGGUCAACAGGGCGUGGGUAUACAGUCGAUGGGCCUGGCGUCUAUGGAUACGGAAAGGAGCUGGAUGCACCAAAGAUGAUCACAUCGCCUCUUGCCUCUGCCAAAUCUCUGUAUAAGACGAUCAACGACCAUUUUGGCACGCUUGUCUUUUGCCGCCGUUAUCUUGAACGGCUUGGAGUUCAACGGUAUUUGGCUAGUAUAAGCCAACUGGCGAACAAAGGCGUUGUAGAGGUCUACGCGCCGCUUAUGGACAUCGAAGGAUCGUAUUCGGCCCAGUUUGAACACACAUUCUUGCUGAGGGAGUCCAGCAAGGAGAUUAUCAGCCGUGGCGAUGACUACUAGAUGAUCACUGAGGUGCAUCUGGUACGGCAUAGCUUAUAUGAAGAUUUAAUUUUUUUUUUUUUUUU